AUGACAUGCAGAAUUACCACUCCGCCCCCGAAUUUUCAUGUUUACGAAAAGGUGUUUACUCGUUGGCUCGAAUCCGAUGCCUAUCGGCUCUGGAAACUGGACGAGCUCAAGUUCCAACUGAGGUGUUAUGGGGGUCCAGGAUCAGGCAAGACAACAUUUUCAUCACAAGUGGUGAAGGAUUUAAAAAGAUCCACUAAAGCUACCAAUACAGCUGUGGUGUCUAUAUUUCUCCAACCACUCAAUGAGGCUCCGGGCAAGAGACCCCCCUUCCUCAACCUUCUUCUUGUUGAGAUCCGGCAGCAACUGUGGUCGUCGCUUAAUUCUAUUCCUCGUGGGCAGAACUAUGAUUACAGAAGAUCCAAUGCUGAAGUAGAAGUAUUGCCACAAGUUGAUGUAAGCAUUGGUGAUUUACGUCAAACAAUUGCCUCACAGAUCAAAUCUUUUGAUCAAGCUUUCCUUAUUCUUGAUGAUUUAGACCUGGCAUGGAUAGAUAUUGAGGAGUACAAAAGCCUUGAGGAUGAGCUGGAUGCUCUCAUGACGCAGGGUCUGAAGAUCUUGACCACGUCCAGGGUGCAAUUCCGAUGCGAUACGCGCUCUGGUAUCUGCGACGUCAACCCGGGCCACAAGCACCUGGAUCUCUGGUGGGAAUGCAGUGAGUGCGCAGGGAAAGAAUCACUCUACUUUAUCUGCGACGAGUGUAAGUUGGCUGGCCACCGCUGUCUAAAACCUGAGCAUACAAAGGCCAAUCUUAUCCAACCCCGCCAAAGGGUUCACCUAGAUAUUGGCAAUUACUCUUUGCAGAGAUUCAUAGAGUAUCAUCUUGAGCAGGACCACGGUGACCUCGGUUUCGGGAGCCACGGUGGUGUGUCUACCUUGCCACCCUCAUCGCCUCUGGGCCACGAGCUAAUCAAUUCGGCGCACAAAAACGCGGCAAACAAUCUCGUUGCGAACUUGAUCAAACAGGCAAAUGGAAACAUUACACUUGCCCUGCUACGUCUUGAGCACGUUAGCAAAGCCAUUUCUCUGGAGGAGGCUAUAUCUAUAGCAGAUCGACUACCAAGAAACAUCGUUGCAUCUUUCGACGCGGGGAUGGCGAGUAUAGGGAAAAGCCCUCCGGGACUUCGCCGUGAUCUGGGCCUCGCGUCUAUCAAGCUGGUGGGCGGGAGCGAAGACGGACUUCGAUACAGCGACCUCAAGGAGCAGAUCGUGGAAGACUGGGAUGGCGAUGUCUCAGAUGUCGAGGCAUUGCUUGAUUCUGAAUAUGGAAUGGAGGAAGUCUUGGCUGCUUCAAGAGGAUACCUCUCACGGACUGAAAGCAGGGUUCCAGGCGUUGUGUGCUUUCACUAUAAUUUCCAGUUUUACGUAGCUGAUCGCUAUUCUGAUUUUAUUGACAGUUAG